AAGCGCCGCUCCCAGUCGCCAGAAGUCUGCGUGCGGGCUGCUCCCCGUAGCCCAGCGGGCACACUGCCGACUCUUGGACUGUGUGCGCCCUGACCCUUAAAGUUGGCUCUGAAGACCACCGGGCUCUACGUCGCCGAGGAAUGGCCUGAGCGCUCCAAAUCUCUCUGGAAACGGUUUCCGUACAGCAACAUGGCGGCGCCCACUUACGUUUAGGACAAGAGAAAUGGCCUUUGCCGGGAAAGGGAUGUCCUUCACGACCCUGUUUAAAUGGGGGCUGUUUUCAUGGACUCAAUGACUUCCUUUCGUGGAGGAUACGGACCUAGUGGCUAGACGCAAGGACCACAGCAGUGAAGUUAUGGAGGGCCCACGAAGACAGCAGGAGGAUCACACUGGGGUUCCAGCUUGAAAUACAGGGGAUUUACGAACUUGAUCUUCAAAGUUGAGCAGUACUUCAGAUUCCUAAUUCCCAGACUUUGUCCUAAGGCUAAGAAUGUCUGUGGUACAGCAGCUGUCACCUGGGUGGUUACUGGAUCACCUUUCUUUCAUUAACAAGAUAAACUAUCUAGUUCAUCAGCCUCAUGAGCCUUGCUGCAGGAAAAAUGAGUCCACUUCUGUCUGCUUUGAUUCUCUGCAGACAGAUUCUAUGUCUUCUUUUGGAUCCUCUGCUACCUUGAUUGCUUCUGACUCUACCACUAAGCCAGAGAAUAAGGAUGGAGGAAAUUGUAGAAUGUUCACUCAGAAAUAUGCUUUUCGAUCUGAACUGUUUGAUGUCACCAAACCGUAUAUAACUGCAGCUGUUCAUGAAGAAUGCCAACAAAGUAAUGAAAAAGAAGAUGCAAUGAAUAGUGUUAAAAAAGAAAUCUCCACUUCUAUUAUUGGGAAGAAGCGCAAGAAAUGUGUUGUUUUCAAUCAAGGUGAAUUGGAUGCUAUGGAAUACCAUACAAAGAUCAGAGAGCUGAUUUUGGAUGGAUCCUUAAAAUUAAUCCAAGAAGGCCUCAAAAGUGGUUUUCUUUAUCAAUUUUUUGAAAAGCAGGACAAAUGUAGUGAACCCAACGCCAUACCACAUGAUGCCUGCAGCCUGUCAGGCUUAUGUGAAAUGGCGAAGCAUCUGCCUGCUCUGAGUGAAAAGGAACUUCAGACGUUGCAGCUGAUAGAAGAGGAUUUGUCUGUGGCAGAGCAGGAUUUAUUUUCACGAGUUGUUGAAAACAACUCUAGCUUUUCAAAAAUGAUUACUUUAAUGGGACAGAAAUACUUGCUACCACCAAACUGCAGUUUUCUUUUGUCUGAUAUUUCUUGUAUGCAACCACUUCUGAACUGCAGGAAAACAUUUGAUGUAAUUGUGAUAGAUCCACCAUGGCAGAACAAAUCAGUUAAAAGAAGUAACAGGUACAGUUAUUUAUCACCUCUGCAAAUACAGCAGAUCCCCAUCCAUCAACUGGCCGCUCCCAACUGCCUUGUUGUUACGUGGGUGACCAACAGACAGAAGCACCUGCGCUUCGUAAAGGAAGAGCUUUUCCCGUCUUGGUCUGUGGAGACGCUGGCCGAAUGGCACUGGGUGAAAGUGAGUUCCGAGAUCACCAAGACGGGAGAGUUUGUGUUCCCUUUAGAUUCUCCACACAAAAAGCCAUAUGAAGGUCUUAUACUGGGAAGAGUUCAAGGAAAAACCACUCUACCAUUAAGGAGCACAGAUGUAAAAGUGCCGCCGAUUCCAGACCAUAAACUAAUUGUCAGCGUGCCUUGUGUUCUUCACUCACACAAGCCGCCUCUGGCUGAGGUUCUAAAAGACUACAUCAAGCCAGAUGGGGAAUGUUUGGAAUUGUUUGCACGAAAUUUACAGCCAGGUUGGACCAGUUGGGGCAAUGAAGUUCUCAAAUUUCAGCACAUGGAUUAUUUCAUUGCUCUGGAGUCUGGAUGCUGACUGUGACCGGAAAGUCAGCCUUUCUGCAGUGUUUCCUGAGCCCUUCUUCUCUCUUCACCCUUACCCAUCUUUCCUUUUCUUACCAGCAGGAUCUGGGUUCCCAUUAGUGAUCACAGUGUAAUCACAAUUAGUGAUAUUUAUGUAAUUUUGAGACAGACUUUACUUCUGUGGCACUAAUACCCUGGGUUACUCCAGAUCACAGUUAAAGAGGUAAGCAGUUGGAGUGAAGAUUAUGCUGUUGAUAAGUUCCUAAAUCAUAGAUUAUGGACCACUGGUCGUAAUCCUGCCCAUGCCCAUUCUUUGUUGAGUCCAAACAAACAAAAAAUUGGAAAAUUUCAUGUCAGAGGCCAGAUUUGUGCUUCUCUUUGGACAUCAGAAGCUGUCGGUGUACCAAGGCUGGCUCUUUCCUGCCAUCAGGCACCUGUGGAGCCAGGUGGCAGUGGCUGACUCCUGCCAGUCUGGUUACCACAGGCCAUUUCCUCCAUGCUGUUAUUUAACGGCCCCCGAAUGACCUGAACAUGGAUCCUGUGAGGUUCUGGAGACGGUGUCUGUUGGCUCCAGGUACAGUCUCCCUGUGGGGAGGUUGUGCAACUGCUUUGGAGAAUUUUAAAUUCCACUCAAGAUUACUUUUCAAGUCCUUCUUGGUUUUGCUGGUUUUUCUAGAAGAAAAUUAAGAUAUUUCUUAGAAACACUGCUUUAAAAAAGUAUUUAUAUAUUAUUUAUAGAUUUUCUACAAAUAAAUAUUUUCCUACUGAGUUAAAAUUUUUUUUUUCUUUUGUGAUGCUGGGGAUGGAACCCAGAGCUUUGCUCAUGCCAGACAAGCAGUCUACCACUGAGCUAUAACCCCUGGCCCUACUGAGUAAAAUAUUUUGACUGAAAUGAUAUUUGGAACAGCAUGCUGAUUUAUUAUGUAUAAUCCUUUUUAAAUGUUGAGGUAGAGUUUUUAUGUAAUGCAAUUCUCUAAUUUGCAGUGUAGAGUUUAGAAGUUUUGCAAACAUGGUCAGUUGUCUGCCUACCACCAAAAUCAUGAUAGAAAACAUCCCCGUCUCCUCCUAAACCUCUCAUGUGAUCGUGUGUAGUCACCCUCUUCCCUCAUCUGGGCCCUGACAGAUGGGGAUUUACUUUCUAUCAUGAGUUUUGCUUUUUUAGAAUUUUAUAUAAAUUGAAUCACUCUGUUUUGUCUGUCUUUUUUUACUUAGUAACUUUAGAAAAGUAUAUUGUUGAAAAUUCCCCACCUAAUUUAUAUGCUAAAUAAAAUGUUAGAUUGAAAUGA